ACACCUACAUAAACCUCUGAAGCUUUCACUUAAAGGCGCCCUUCACCCUACCCCUGCAAAAAUCUCCACCAUGUGUUAUAUCCGGAAAGCUUUGUAACCUCGCUCGCGCGCAAUUACCCGGUUUGUUUUGUUUACGUAUAAGAGAAGAAUAGAAACAUAAAAAUAUUACUAGACGUUUGGACCCUCAUGGUUAGUGCGAGUUUAACAAAGAAAAUACAGUGAGCAGCGAGGAGUUCAAGCAAAAUGCUGGCACAUUUUGCUAGGGGCAGCUCAGAAGUCGAUUGGUGCGAAUCGAAUUAUGCUCAUGUAGCUUUUAUCGCCGAGUUUUACAACACGGUCAGCAACGCCAUCUUCCUUGUUCUACCGCCUUUCUUCAUAUACCUGUUUCGUCCAUACUCCAAGCACGUCUGUUCCGGAGUGAACAUUAUCUGGGCUUUAUUCAUCGUGAUUGGAGUCAGUUCAGCGUAUUUUCACGCCACUCUCAGCCUGGUGGGACAGCUGCUUGACGAACUCGCCAUCUUGUGGGGUUUGAUGGUGGCGUUUGCCUUGUGGACGCCUAAGUGGAUGCUCGCUCACGGACCGUUUGGGGAAGACAGAGAGACGUUUCAGUAUGCUAUCCUGGCCUUAUCGUUGAUUUGUACUUGGCUGGGCUUUGUCUACCCUGUGGCUAACGCGUUCGUGUUGAUGACCUUUGGAGCUCCGUUUCUGUUCAUGCUGUUUGCUGAACUGAAAAGCUGUCAAAAUCUGAAAGUCAGGAGACUGGGAUUUACGUGUGCUGGAUGGUGGUUUGUUGCUGUGCUCUUCUGGGUGAACGACAGAGUAUUCUGUGAUAUAUGGAGGUCCGUGUCGUUCCCUUAUCUUCACUGCGCGUGGCAUAUACUGAUAUUUAUCGCCGGAUACACUGGUUGUGUCCUCGGCGCUUACUUCUACGCUGCAACGGAGUUUCCACAGCUUCGCCCAGCGCUGACCUUCUGGCCUUGUUGGUCAUCUGAAUGGGGAGUUCCCUACAUAGUGUUGAGGGGGAUUCCAAAAGAAAGCAACCCGUGAGAAAACAAUGUCACAGAGAGGGG